AUGGUCUUUAGGAUAUUGAUGUACUGCUGUCUGCUUUUGGCUAGUGCGACAGUUGUUUAUGGCUUCACGCCUGAGGAAGUUGAAAUAUUUCAGGUUCAAGGUGAACUUUUGAAGAAAUAUGGCCCUGAUAUGGACUUUUACAAAUUUUUAAAGCUGCCUCAAUUGAGAGAUUCAACCUCGAAGGAGAUUGUCAAGAAUUUAAGAAGGCUAUCAAAGAAAUAUCAUCCUGAUAGAAACAAAAAGUAUAAAAAGCUGUACGAAAAGCUGAACAUUAUCAGUAAUAUUCUUUCAGAUCACUCUCGUAGAAAGACUUAUGACUAUUACUUAAGGAAUGGGUUUCCUGACUAUAAUUACUCCAAGGGUGGUUUCUUUUUCAAAAGAGUGCAGCCAAAAACUGGCGUUUUAGCAUUGUUUAUCUUUAUUGCCGCCAGUAUUAUUCAUUACGUUCUUUUAAGGCUUCAGAAUAGUAGCAACAAAAAAAGAAUAGAAAAUUUCAUUAAACAAUGCAAGGACAAUGAUGACACUAAUGGACUAGGUGAGAGGAUGCUUACUUUCAAACAGUAUGAAGAUGCUGAUCCGAAAGAAAUACUUGUAUCCUUGGGUGACGUAUAUGUAUUGGAAUCCGACGGUAAAAAAACACUGAUAUCGACAAAGGAUGUUCCUGAUCCCACGAUUUUUGACACUAUCUUCUUUAAACUACCUCUCUUUUUCUGGAGAUCGACCGUCACUAGACUUUUCUCAAAGAGUGAACCAGUAAAAGAGGGGAGAGUAGAGGCAGAAGCUUCAGAUGAAUCUGGAUCAGUAUCAACAGCGGACAAUGGCCAGAAAAAAAUCAAGAAGCGGAAGAAGAAUACUCCUACAACUUCUCGUGAAAAGCUGGUUUUACCUAGCGGUGAAACUGCAUAUUCUCGUAAGAAGCGUUAG